AUGAGGAUCAUUGAAGUUAGGCUUAAUGCAUUUCCAUCAUGGGAUGACAAUGAGCCUUCAGUCACCUGGAAUGCAGUGACCUAUGAAGAUGUGCAUGUCUACUUUACUUGGGAAGAGUGGGCUUUGCUGAAUCCUUCUCAGAAGAGUCUCUACAAAGAUGUGAUGCUGGAGACCUACAGGAACCUCACUGCUUUGGGCUACAGUUGGAAAGACCAUAAUAUUGCAGAACACUGUGAAAGUUCUAGAAGAUAUGGAAGGUAUAUUAUAUGUCACUCUAGAUACAAGCCAUGUGAGCAUAGGAAUAUGGAAAGAAGCAACAUCUCUCUUUCUCUCUCCCAGAACAAUUAG